UUUACUGCGGCGGCGGCAACGGUGCCGGCACUGUGCAUCCUCGGUGGGGAGACCGCGGCUGGUCAGGGCUUGCGGCCCCCAAGGUUUUCCCAUCCAGAUUCGCGCACCCCACAUCCUCCUUCGCUGCGCCCUCGCCUUGUCUUCCUUUGCCGGGGUGCCGACGGGUGGUCUCACGGAUCGCGGCAUGAGGUGAAGCUGUGACAGGUUUGAAAACACAAUGGCAGGAAACAGCCUUGUUCUACCCAUCGUUCUUUGGGGCCGCAAAGCACCAACACAUUGCAUCUCAGCAGUACUUUUGACAGAUGAUGGGGACACGAUUGUAACAGGAUGCCACGAUGGACAAAUAUGUCUCUGGGAUCUUUCAGUAGAAUUGGAAGUUAAUCCUCGGGCUCUGUUAUUUGGUCAUACAGCUUCAAUCACUUGCUUAUCUAAAGCUUGUGCUUCCAGUGACAAACAGUAUAUUGUGAGUGCAUCUGAGAGUGGAGAGAUGUGCCUCUGGGAUGUGAAUGAUGGCAGAUGUAUUGAAUUUACAAAGUUAGCCUGCACACAUACUGGCAUACAAUUCUACCAAUUCUCAGUUGGAAACCAGCGGGAAGGAAGGCUUUUGUGCCAUGGACAUUACCCUGAAAUCCUGGUUGUGGAUGCUACUAGCCUUGAGGUGCUCUACUCCUUAGUAUCAAAGAUCUCACCAGACUGGAUUAGCUCCAUGAGUAUUAUUCGAUCCCACCGAACACAAGAGGACACUGUGGUGGCACUCUCGGUGACGGGCAUCCUGAAGGUGUGGAUCGUUACCUCUGAAAUAAGUGGCAUGCAGGAUACUGAGCCAAUAUUUGAGGAGGAAUCCAAACCUAUUUAUUGUCAGAAUUGCCAAAGCAUCUCCUUUUGCGCAUUCACACAAAGAUCACUUUUGGUUGUGUGCUCCAAAUACUGGAGGGUAUUUGAUGCUGGAGACUAUUCCCUGUUGUGUUCAGGUCCCAGUGAAAAUGGCCAGACGUGGACUGGAGGGGAUUUUGUAUCAGCAGAUAAAGUCAUCAUUUGGACUGAAAAUGGGCAAAGUUACAUUUACAAACUCCCUGCUAGUUGUCUUCCAGCUAGUGAUUCAUUCCGUAGUGAUGUGGGGAAAGCAGUUGAAAAUCUAAUUCCUCCUGUACAAUAUAGCCUCUUGGAUCGAAAAGAUAAAGAGUUGCUUAUUUGUCCUCCUGUUACUCGAUUCUUCUAUGGAUGCCGGGAAUACUUCCAUAAACUGUUAAUUCAAGGGGAUUCCUCUGGAAGAUUAAAUAUCUGGAACAUCUCAGACAUAGCUGAUAAACAAGGUGAAGAAGAGCUGGAGAUGACAACUUCUGUUAGUUUGCAAGAGGCAUUUGAUAAACUGAGUCCUUGUCCUGCUGGAAUUAUAGAUCAGCUGAGUGUGGUUCCCAAUAGUAAUGAACCUCUGAAAGUGACUGCAAGUGUGUACAUACCAGCACACGGGCGGCUUGUUUGUGGCCGUGAAGAUGGAAGCAUAAUUAUUGUACCUGCCACACAGACGGCCAUAGUACAGCUGUUGCAAGGGGAACACAUGCUCAGAAGAGGUUGGCCACCUCACAGAACACUCCGGGGUCAUCGGAACAAAGUCACAUGUUUGCUAUAUCCUCAUCAGGUCUCAGCUCGGUAUGACCAAAGAUACCUGAUAUCUGGAGGUGUGGAUUUUUCCGUCAUAAUUUGGGACAUAUUUUCUGGAGAAAUGAAACAUAUCUUCUGUGUUCAUGGAGGCGAGAUUACUCAACUUCUAGUUCCGCCUGAAAACUGUAGUGCAAGAGUGCAGCACUGCAUCUGCUCCGUCGCCAGUGACCACUCAGUAGGACUUCUAAGUUUGCGUGAGAAAAAGUGCAUCAUGCUGGCAUCACGUCACCUUUUCCCUAUUCAGGUCAUCAAGUGGAGGCCUUCAGAUGAUUACCUGGUAGUGGGAUGCUCAGAUGGCUCUGUGUAUGUCUGGCAAAUGGAUACUGGUGCAUUGGAUCGUUGUGUGAUGGGAAUAACAGCAGUGGAGAUACUGAGUGCUUGUGAUGAAGUGGUUCCUGCUGCCGUGGAUUCACUCAGUCACCCAGCAAUUAACCUCAAACAAGCUAUGACAAGACGUAGUCUCGCUGCCCUCAAAAAUAUGGCCCAUCAUAAGCUUCAAACCCUGGCAACAAACCUCUUGGCUUCUGAAGCAUCUGACAAGGGGAAUUUACCUAAAUAUUCUCAUAACUCCCUGAUGGUUCAAGCAAUAAAGACAAACCUAACAGAUCCGGACAUACACGUGCUUUUCUUUGAUGUGGAAGCGUUGAUUAUUCAACUCCUGACUGAAGAAGCCUCUAGGCCGAAUACUGCGCUUAUUUCCCCGGAGAAUUUGCAAAAAGCAUCUGGCAGUUCAGACAAAGGGGGCUCUUUUCUAACUGGAAAACGAGCAGCAGUUCUCUUCCAACAAGUGAAAGAAACUAUCAAAGAGAACAUAAAGGAACACCUCCUUGAUGAUGAAGAGGAGGAUGAGGAGAUAAUGAGGCAGAGAAGAGAAGAAAGUGAUCCCGAGUACCGGGCCAGCAAAUCGAAGCCAUUGACUCUCUUAGAGUAUAAUUUAACAAUGGACACGGCAAAACUGUUCAUGUCCUGCCUCCAUGCCUGGGGUUUGAAUGAAGUUCUGGAUGAAGUUUGCCUCGAUCGCCUUGGAAUGCUGAAACCCCACUGCACAGUAUCAUUUGGCCUCUUAUCAAGAGGAGGCCAUAUGUCACUGAUGCUUCCUGGUUAUAAUCAGUCUGCUUUUAAACCACCACAUGGGAAAGCAGAAGCAGGAAGGAAGCUUCCAGCAACAGAGGGCGUAGGAAAGGGGACUUACGGAGUGUCCCGAGCCGUCACCACACAGCACCUCCUGUCGAUCAUAUCUUUGGCAAAUACUUUAAUGAGUAUGACCAAUGCAACCUUUAUUGGGGAUCAUAUGAAGAAGGGCCCUGCCAGGCCACCUAGACCAAGCACCCCAGACCUUUCUAAGGCAAGGGGUUCCCCUCCAACUUCCAGUAAUAUUGUGCAAGGACAGAUUAAACAAGAAACUGCUGUACCUCAAUUCUCUCCUCUUUAUUUCUUCUGUUUUCCUCUGCAAGUCGCUGCACCUGUCGUUUCCGCUCGGUCUGAUGCUGAUCAUGCUGGCUCUGACCCUGCUUCUACUCCUGCUUUACAUACCUGUUUCUUAGUAAAUGAAGGAUGGAGUCAGUUAGCUGCUAUGCAUUGUGUUAUGCUGCCCGACCUGCUGGGACUGGAUAAAUUUAGGCCUCCACUUCUAGAGAUGCUGGCUCGCAGAUGGCAAGAUCGAUGCUUGGAGGUCAGAGAAGCUGCACAAGCCCUUCUUCUAGCAGAACUGAGAAGAAUUGAACAGGCAGGACGGAAAGAAGCCAUCGAUGCCUGGGCUCCUUAUUUACCUCAGUAUAUGGACCAUGUCAUAUCACCUGGGGUCACAGCAGAAGCCAUGCAGACUAUCUCCACUGCUCCCGAUGCCUCAGGCCCUGAAGCCAAAGUCCAGGAGGAAGAGCAUGACCUUGUGGAUGAUGACAUCACCACGGGUUGUUUAUCAAGUAUGCCCCAAAUGAAAAAAAUUUCCACAUCUUAUGAAGAAAGACGCAAGCAAGCUACUGCUAUCGUUUUGCUAGGAGUAAUAGGAGCUGAAUUUGGUGCUGAAAUUGAACCUCCAAAACUGUUGACCAGACCUCGAAGCUCUAGUCAGAUUCCUGAAGGAUUUGGUUUGACCAGUGGUGGAUCCAACUACUCCCUGGCCAGACAUACUUGCAAGGCCCUGACAUUUCUUCUGCUGCAGCCACCAAGCCCCAAACUUCCCCCACACAGCACUAUCCGAAGAACAGCCAUUGAUCUGAUUGGACGAGGUUUCACAGUUUGGGAGCCUUACAUGGAUGUGUCUGCUGUUCUGAUGGGGCUUCUCGAACUUUGUGCUGAUGCUGAAAAGCAGCUUGCCAACAUCACAAUGGGGCUGCCUCUGAGCCCAGCAGCUGACUCCGCCCGCUCUGCGAGGCAUGCCCUCUCGCUCAUUGCCACUGCCAGACCACCCGCCUUCAUCACUACCAUAGCCAAAGAGGUGCACAGACAUACAGCUCUUGCAGCAAAUACCCAGUCACAACAGAAUAUGCACACCACAACUCUUGCACGAGCUAAAGGGGAAAUCCUGAGAGUCAUUGAAAUUCUAAUUGAAAAGAUGCCCACAGAUGUUGUGGAUCUUCUUGUGGAGGUUAUGGACAUCAUUAUGUACUGCCUUGAAGGAUCCUUAGUUAAAAAGAAAGGUCUUCAGGAGUGUUUCCCAGCCAUCUGCAGGUUCUACAUGGUCAGCUAUUACGAGCGGAAUCACAGAAUAGCAGUGGGGGCGCGGCAUGGUUCAGUGGCCCUGUACGACAUCCGGACUGGAAAAUGUCAGACCAUCCAUGGACACAAGGGACCAAUCACUGCAGUGGCCUUUGCUCCUGAUGGACGAUACCUGGCCACCUACUCCAACACUGACAGCCACAUUUCCUUCUGGCAGAUGAACACGUCACUCCUGGGAAGCAUCGGCAUGCUGAACUCGGCACCUCAGCUACGCUGCAUUAAAACUUACCAGGUGCCCCCCGUGCAGCCGGCCUCCCCCGGCUCCCACAACGCCCUCAAGCUGGCCCGGCUCAUCUGGACUUCCAACCGCAACGUCAUCCUCAUGGCCCACGACGGGAAGGAGCACCGCUUCAUGGUCUAGAGCUGCUGUCUGCUGCCCUAAGUGAUUUCAGUUCCCUGCGUUCUCUAGGCCGACAUUGCUCUGUCCUUGCAGGGGAUCAUUCUUUGGGCCUACUUAGGUCGUGCAGGGGCGUGGCCAGGUCUCUGUCAUUUGUGCAUGCUUCUCGGGGGGGAGGGGGCAGACUCUCACACGUGCCACCUAUCGAUUCAGAGGCAUGCACACUGCUCUCCAGGAUGUGGCCACUCUGUCACUAGGUAGUUUUUCCCUGCCAGCGAGGGGAGGGGAAAACCGGCGGUUCCUGGGAACGCUCUUGUUGCUUGGUGCAACAGAAGCCCAAAAAUCAAUAAGCACUGUGAUUGCACUCCCAGCCCCAAUCAGUGUUUCAGCCACGAAACCCCAGCUCUGAAGCGCUGCCUGCAUCCGGCGUUCUGACACUGCGCGUCGCGGUGGUACGGCAGCCUCGUUAUUGAAAUUAUUCCCCUUUGACUUUCCUAAAGCAUACCAUUGUUUACCAGAAAGAUCCUCUGUUUACGUGGCUCUUUGCUUCUGGUGAUUGCUAGGAAAUCCCUCAAUCCAGUUGGCUAGGGUUUAGCCACCACCUUCUCUGUUAAUACCUAACUGAUUUCAGUUCAUGAGAAAAUGCACGCAAAAAUUGUUUUUCCUUGUAGAAAAUACAGUUUUCUACACUCUCAGCCUUCUGAAGUGUUCACGUCUUGCUUAGAUGUCAGUAUACUUAGUAGCUUAAAGUAAGACUCAGCAUCACUUCUAAAAUACUUAAUUAUCCAGGCACUAUCACUGAUCUCGCGAAGGUACCCUUGUGAUAAAGGAGCCAGUUUGGAGGCGCAGCACAGCCCUAAAAUGAAGACGCUUCUGAUUCUUUGCUGCAGAUCUUUUUGAUUAAAAGGAGCACUCCCCUUCCCUACAGAAACCCGACAAAGCUGCACUUCCCACAUGAAUGACAUACGUCAGUUAUCAUGUAAUAAUUACAGUUCAGCCUUCAAACUACUACUGGUCAAUUAAGUAAAAACCAAGAAGGCAUUUCUUUUUAAACAAGUAUCCUAGAGGUUUAAUCCUUUGGCGCAGUGUCUUGUAUAUGCAGUUUAUUUAUAUACAGGAGUGUAUAUAAAAAUGUGCGGGCUCUCGAUUUGUUUGCAGAAACAUUGCAAUGAGAGUUCGUCACACUUCAAAGUAAGCUUCAGCUAGAUCACUCUCUUCUUAUGUCAGAUUAUGCUGGUUCUUGCUUAUAGUCAUGGGAGAAAAUCCAUAAAGUAAUGUUUUGUAUGAAACCCUCCUCACAAACCUUCAUCUGUACAUAGUUGGGGGUUUUGUAGGUUGGCUGGUUGUUGAUUGGUUGGUUAGUUGGGAGAAAUGGCUUACUAAAUUCAGAGGAAGUUUGCAAAGUUUACAGAGGAAGCAAGAUGAUAAUGGGAGCAUUUAAUCAGAAAAGCAUAGCUUGUCAGAGUUCAUGCAAUAUACGGAAAAGUAGGAUCAGGGUCCAGGAGCAAAUACAUAUGUUAUUUUACUGAAACCAAUUUUUAAGGAACAUAUUAAGAAAUUAAUAUAAGUAGAAUGUCUUUUUCAUAUGAAUAUGAAAUAUGUUAUUUCUGUUGAUGGCAGAUCUGUCCUAAGUCCUUGGUUUUAGACAAAAAAAGUGAAUGUAUGCCACAUGCAUGUACAGCGUAUUGAUACAGAUUAUCUAUGUAGUUUCCAAGGAAGAAGCAGACAGCUCUCCAGCAUGGACUUCCUGUGUUCGGGAAACAUGCUGCCAUGUUUGGGGUAGCUAGAGCCACUGGAGGUGGACCAAAAGGGCACUUGGUUUCUCCAGCCAGCUCCUGAGUCUUCUCUAUACUCAACACGUGUUUACUUUGUGGACGUAAAUGAAAACUAAUUUAUUCUAAAUGACAAAACUACUUGGAAUACAAGGUAAACGUAUUAGAGUUGCAUUGGUUUUUUUAACAAAAUGAUCUAUAGGGGAGGAGAAAGGUGUGGGAUGGGCAGGCCACCACAGACACACAGGUGGCGCCCCCUUGGCAACUAAGAACAAAGCUGUGAGGACCCAAGGAGCAAAACCCUAGAUGCGGGGCAUGGGUUCUGUCUGCACUGACGGCCAAAAUGAUGGCCGGGUGAGCGGGCCGUCUCUGCAGCGGCUGAUGUUUGAUGGCCAGACAGGCUCCUCUCACUCGGAGUCGAGCGUCUGCGUCCUUUUUGACAUCAGUCUUUCCAUGGCUUUUUUGACAAGCGCAGUCCCAAACUUCCUGCCAGCUUAGAUUUCUCAGCACUGACAUAAACUUCGUAUUGUCAUCCUCGUGCACACUUUUAGUGUUCUAUUGAUUUCAUUGGCACUGUAUUUGGACCUGUCCUUGUAAAUGUAGACAUACGUGGCUUCAGUGGUAAUUUACAAGCAAAAGAUGACAUGACGUGACACCUGUAUGAAAAUGUUGCUAUGAUUGAACUCACUGUGUACAGCAAGUAAAUUAAAAUGUCUGCCUUUCGAGACAUUUCUAGAUGAUUCCACUUAAUAGAUUCUAUGUGUACUGAAUGUCCCUGUGUACAUACGUGUGGUAAAAAAUAAAAAAGAAUUGUACUGCA